AUGCCGUUCCUCCCAGAGUCCCCGCAAUAUCUCCUAUUUAACGACAAGCCGGAAGAAGCUCGGCGUGUAUUUGACAGACUCAACCCUCCAUCGCCCGAAAAUGACGCAUACUUCAACGAAGAGUUCAACCAGAUUCAGCAACAAGUUGCCUACGACCGAACUCUCGAUUCAUCUUGGAAAGGUCUUUUCACAACUCCAACAUACCGGAGACGGAUAGCACUGGGAUGCUUUAUCGCUGUCCUGAAUCAAAGCACCGGUGUUUUCGUGAUUAACAACUAUAGUCAGAUUUUCUAUGAAACGCUUGGCUUUUCGCCCUCAGCACGUCAACUCUUACAGGGGAAUCGUGAUCUCAUUGAAUUCCUUGGCAAUUUCGUGGGUUCUUUGAUCGUCGAUCGUGUUGGACGAAAAGCUAUUAUUAUAUUUGUCGGGGUCCGUAGGAUUGUAUGGAUAUGA